AUGGAGGAUAUCCUCAAUGAGAUCAUCUCCCUGAGUGAGAAGAAGAGGAGCGAACAAUUGGAUGCCCAAGGGGGGGAGGACCAUCAGGAUGAUAACCAAACGAAGAUGAGCGGAGAGAAGCGUCAUGGACGGAAGGCCUCUAAAAAGUGUAAGAAGCACCAAUCGGCAAGCGACCUACCGACCGGGAUUGUUCCUCCCUCCACGGAAGGUGCCCCCCCGUCCAGCACGUGGGACUCUUCCACUGUGUGCUCCGUCGAUGAGGACAUCAGUGCAGAAAAGGCUAGCCUGUUCAGUCGCAUAAUCAGUCAGCGCAGGAAGGCAAAUGGGGGUAGAAACCUAGAAGACGAAGAAGAAGCACGCCUUGGCGAUAUUGAACAGGGCAUCCAUGGGGUCACCCAUCCAGGUUCACAAAAAUGUGUCGAUGGUCCUCAUGACUCCACAGCGGACGAGCGUACCCCCCUGUGCCAACAGCAAAAUACUUUCAACACAUAUCUCCUCAGCGUAAACCAAAUCAACACACACAUAUCCUGCAUAUAUAAAAAUGUGGAUAAAAUAAACUCAUGGAAACAGAAAAUUGAUUUCAACAUAUAUGACACAGAGGAGCUAAAUGCAAAAAUUAAUUCAACCAUUUCCAACACGGAGGAUAUCAUCUCUCAGGUUAUGACCCACAUUUUUAAUUUAAAUGAAGAGAACAAGCAAUUCGAGUCAAAUAAUAAUCUCCUCAGCGAAAUUAAACUGCGCACAAAUAUAUUCAUAGACGUUGUUCAAAAGUACAAAGCAUGUAUUAACAAAUAUAAAAAUGUGUGUCACCAUUAUUAUGAACAUGUAAAUGCAAAUUUGAUGAAACAGUACAGACUCAUUUGUCCCAGUGUCACUGAUGGUGAAGAAGGAAGCAACAGGAAGAAGACUAGCAACAACAAUACGUCACAGGGUAAAUGGUCCAAGGGAGCAAGACCAAGAGCUGAUUUGGAAGACAUAGAACAAUUCUUUAAUAUGCAAAAGAAUAACAGCUACACCAACUUGGCGGGCGACCAUGUACACCCAGACAAUGCUGAUGGGGUUAACAUACAACAAAUGAAAAAAAGAUACAAAGAGCUAAAAACGCUCGAAAAAAAUAUUGCUGCACUCAAUGACCUGUACAUCGAGCUAGCUUAUGUUGUAAAAAAAAGAACCAACUAUAUUAAUAGCAUAGAAAAUAAUGUAUACCAAGUGAAGGACUACACGGACGAUGCACUGCAUAAUAUUGUUGCUGCAAAAAAGUACAAUGCCCUUGUCAAGAGAAAAAUUUUUUACUUUAGCAUCUUCCUUCUUGUCGUCGCCCUUAUCAUUUUAUUCCCUGUUUUUUUCAACUACUCUGUCCAUUGGGGCAGGUAG